UCAGCUUGGUUGGCAGGAGCCCAAGCCUGAGAGAGCGAGAGAGGACAAAAAGCUGUGAGGGAUCAAGUGUAGGAAUUUGUUGGGAGCUGCCAAGCCCAUGUUUGCACAGUGUUGACCAGAAUUAUUACAUCCAUCAUUGAGUCAAGAGAGACUCGGAACUUGGACAACACAAAAAGCAAGGAUGGAAACAAAGCUUGUUAUUGUACAGCUGCAUGGGCACAGACACAGAGACACCCUCCAACUUUACGUUCACUGCUUAAUAUUCCUAGAUGUAGACCAGAAACUCCUUUGCUGCGAAGUCAACACUCUCUCUCAGUUUGAACAGUGCCUCCCUCCCAAUAAUGCUUUGGUGCUUCCUGCUAAUGCUUCAAUAUCCUGGGAAUUCUAAAGCACAAGUCAAUCCUGGCCUGUGUCGUUACGCAUUGGGAAUGCAGGAUGGUACGAUUGCCGAUGAAGACAUCACUGCCUCCAGUGAGUGGUAUGGAUCAACAGCAGCCCGAUUUGGCAGACUGGAGAAGGAGCAGGGUGAUGGCGCCUGGUGUCCAGUCGACCUGCUGUACCCUGACAGUGUGGAGUACCUGCAGAUUGACCUUCAUGCCCUCACCUUUAUUACGCUGCUUGGCACACAGGGGCGACACGCUUAUGGGAGCGGAAAUGAGUUUGCCCGUGCUUAUCAACUGGAUUACAGCCGGGAUGGGAGACGCUGGAUAACCUGGAAGGAUCGCCAGGGGAAACAGAUUAUUCCUGGAAAUGUCAACACUUACGAUAUUGUCCUGAAGGACUUACGGCCUCCGAUCAUUGCCCGCUAUGUGCGGGUGAUCCCAGUGACUGAGCAGCCGUCAAGUGUGUGUAUGCGGGUCGAGCUGUAUGGCUGUGUCUGGGCUGAUGGCCUGUGUUCAUACAGUGGGCCUGUGGGACAGACCAUCGAAAAGCCAGGGACAGCAGUCGUCUACCUCAAUGACUCUACCUAUGAUGGUGUUCAGGACUCCAAGCGCAGUCACAGUGGUCUGGGUCAGCUGACAGAUGGGGUCCUGGGGCUGGAUGAUUUCACCCAGAGCCACGAGUACCGUGUGUGGCCGGGGUACGACUACGUCGGUUGGAGCAACGAGACCUUUGCUGGCCAGUACGUGGAGCUGGAGUUCGAGUUUGACCAACGCAGGAACUUCUCCAGCAUGAAGGUUCAUUCAAACAAUCUGUACACAAAGUCGGUGAAGAUUUUCCACCGGGUCGAGUGCUACUUCAAACAGCAGCUGGUGGCAAACUGGGAGCGUGAGUCGGUCGGUGUGACCACGGUGAUGGAUGACAAGAAUCCGAGUGCGCGGUUUGUGGUUGUGCCCCUAGGCCAGAGGCUGGGUAAGGCGAUCCGCUGCCGGUUCUACUUUGCAGAUCGCUGGAUGUUGUUCAGUGAGAUCUCCUUCCAGUCAACAGUCGCAGAUGUGGGGGCAGCGAAUCCUUUGGAACACCCUCAGCCUUCCUGGAGAGAGGGUACUUCCCAAAUCCCAGUGGAUCUAACGACUCCCAAACCAAAUGCUGGCCUUGACCUGGGUUCUGGGCCCAGCCCCUCACCAACACUGAGCAUGUCCAGUUCUCUAAGCCCCACACUGAGUGACACUGUUAACAGCUUCGUCACCCUCACUCUUGGCAGCUCCCCUCCUCACAACAUCAGCAGACCCAUUAACAGGGUUGAGGACAGCAACACCUCUAUUCUGAUUGGCUGUUUGGUAACCAUCAUCCUCCUCCUCCUCCUGAUCAUCAUUGUUAUCCUGUGGACGCAGCACUGGAAGAGGAUCCUCGAGAAGGCUCCACGGAGAAUCUUAGAGGAGGAUGCGACUGUGCGUCCAUCCUUGUGCAAUGACACCAUCGUCAUUAGUAACCAGACACAGAUAUUUCAGACCAACCCCACUUAUGAGCGUGUCUUUCCAUUUGAUCUGGAAUACCAGGAACCUGCCAGGCUACUACGCAAGCUUCCAGAGCUUUCUCAGAGUGCAGAGGAUUCAGUAUGUAGUGGCGACUAUGCAGAACCAGACCUCACAAAAACCACUCCGCACCAGGGUUUCCAGAGUAAUGUGCCACAUUACGCAGAGGCUGAUAUCGUCAAUCUGCAGGGGGUGACUGGAAACAACACGUACGCUGUUCCUGCACUCACCGUGGACUCUCUGGUCAAGAUGGAGCUUGCCGUGGAGGAAAUCUCCCGACAUCAACUGCACUUUAAGGAGAAACUGGGAGAGGGGCAGUUUGGGGAGGUUCACCUGUGUGAGGCACUGAGUCUACACGAGUUCAUUAGCCCAGAUUUCCUCUUUAACACGGGCCACAGGCCUGUUCUGGUGGCAGUAAAGAUGCUGCGGUCAGAUGCCACAACCAGUGCCAGGAACAACUUCCUCAAAGAGAUGAAGAUCAUGUCACGGCUGAAGGACCCUAACAUUAUCCGGCUUCUUGGAAUCUGUAUCCGUGACGACCCACUCUGCAUGGUUACCGAGUACAUGGAAAAUGGGGACCUGAACCAGUUCCUGUCCCAGCGGGAGCUAGAAAACCACUUCACCCUGGCGAAGAACAUCCCUAGUGUCAGCUACCGGUGCCUUUUGCACAUGAUGACCCAGGUAUCUUCAGGCAUGAAAUAUCUCUCCUCACUUAAUGUCGUACACCGAGACCUUGCCACUCGUAACUGCCUGGUGGGGAACCGCUGCACUAUCAAGAUAGCUGAUUUUGGCAUGAGCCGCAAUCUGUAUAGCGGUGACUACUACCGGAUCCAGGGCCGUGCUGUACUGCCCAUCCGCUGGAUGGCGUGGGAAAGUAUCCUGCUGGGAAAAUUCACCACAGCCAGUGAUGUCUGGGCUUUUGGAGUUACAAUGUGGGAGAUGUUCACCUUCUGUAAGGAGCAACCAUACUCUCAGCAGUCUGACGAGCAGAUCAUUGAGAAUACAGGCGAAUUCUUCCGAAAUCAGGGGCGACAGAUCUAUCUGUCACAGCCAACUGUGUGUCCGAAACAGAUCUUUGAUUUAAUGCUUCUCUGCUGGAGUAGAGACAUCAAGGACAGGCCCAGCUUUCAGCAGAUCCACCAUUUCCUGCAGCAGCAGUUUGUCAACGCGGCCUAGUGGUUACAGACUGGGACAGACUUGUGUCUUCUUGCUGAUGUGAUGGUUGCUGCCGUCGUGCCAUGCUUCUGUAUGCCAGUGAACGACUCAGCCUCUUGGCCUUCCUGCCAUUUCUGCAGUAGAAUUGGCUCAUGGUGACUGCUCAUGUGAUGAGCGCGUUUUUUCCCGUCUCACGCCUCUCAACUGUCCAGCAUUUCCAGGCCAUCAAGUUGUCCGCUGACCUGUGAUAACGCUGACCCUUUGUGUGGGGAACCGGUGCCAGGGGCUGCAAGCAACUACACAAUGAGGUGGCUUCCAAGGCUCUGAGAAAGCAGGAGAGGCCAAGGUUGGGAGAGCCUGCAAGGCCUGACACUUGAAUUCCCAGAGAUGUGCACAAGGCCAAAGCUUGAAUACACGAGAUGACUCUUCUCUAUCAUUCCCUGUGGCGUUUACGAGCACAGCUUUCUUUGUUCAGUCAUUGCUUUCGCAGACUGGAGUUAUGGUACGUAAAGCAACGCUAACAACUGGGCAGAGAAGCCCAGGCAGAGGGGAGGGAGGUGACUUUGCUGUACGUCAGAAUGUAGGCACCACCCUAUGAACUCUGAGGAGAUUACAACCAGCAAAAAAUGACAGCAACAAUGUACUGUGGUAACUAUGUUUUAAGGUUACGAUGGCUUGUAGAUUAAAUGUGAUGGAGCGCCGUACAGUGACCCCCAUUUGGACCGGAUGGAAUGCUGCAUUUUCCCUGUUCUCCUCCCCCCCCGCCCUCCCCGCCGGACUGAGAGAUGAAGAUAUAAACACCUUCCCCAACCCACUUGCAGCAGGCAAGCUGUAUCGACCCACUUACAUCAGAGUAGGCAAUAUAUUCCCCAGGAUCGGGGGCCUUCUACAAUCCAAUUACCCCUGGAUUGCACACCGUAUCCACCCACUCCCACCACAGAAAAAGUGCUGUAUGCUUGGUUGUAGUGUGCACUAUAUCCCCUCUCCCCACCAGAGCUGGGUGCUUUCUGUGCCCUGUCCCCCAACAUGGAGCUGAGUGCUGUAUCUGCACCUUUCCGUCCCAUCCCCAUCCAGAGCUGGGUGCUGUAACCCCCUAGCUGGCCAACAUCUCCGCAGGCUUUGAAUGCAGGUUAUUUGGUCUCAGUGCUCGGUGAUUAUCCCUGGCUCCAUCAUGCUGCCAUCUCUUCUCCAGCUUGGAGCUGCAUGGGGGGGCUGAGGGUGACCGCAUGCUUAUCAUUUCAUUGGCUUGUGCCCCAGAAAAAUUUCCAGGAGUCAUGGACUUUGGGGGGAGAUAGAGCAAAUGCCCAGAAUGUAGGUCAGGUGGGAACAUUCAAGGAUGUGGGGGGUGGAUGGGAGGUAUGAUCCGGGGCAUGGAGCAAAGCAGGUUUGAAUCAAGGCUGGGUACCUGAUCUGAGGAGAUGGUGCAGUGUGCAGGCCUGGUUCAUGUGGGGAAUUACUGAACAUCUGUACCUUCAUAUCUGUUCCUUCCCCACCAUCCCCACAAUCACCCUUCUCCCCCCCCCCCCCCCC